AUGCUGGGCAAGGUCAUAGUAAACAUUACAACCGUUUUACUCGUGCUGAACAACUGUUAUGGAUACUUCAAAGAUAGAAAAAACAAGCAUUUUCGUUAUUAUUUCCUGAUAUUGUGUCUGUUUCUCGUCUUUGACUCGCUUUUCAGCUAUGUCACGAACUUUAUUCCUUUCUUCCAAAUAGUCAAAUUCGCUUUUAUUGUCUGGUUAUCGUUGCCUAUGUUUAACGGGCCGAUGUUUAUUUACAAUUUCUAUAUGAAAAAGAUAUUUGUACGAUUUGAGGCUGACAUCGACCUCCAGCUGGAAACAGCAAGGAAAAGAUUUGUGGAGACCUUCGUGGAAAGGUUGAAUCAGGCAUAUGGCAAGUGUUAUCAGUACAAUGAGAAGCUUUUGGGAUAUAAUGACAGAUCUAACGAACGAACUUCAGCAGCUGAACCCGGUCCGAAAGAAGUAGGUGAUGAGUUAAUGAGCAAUGCACGAAGCGAAGCGUUGGAGAACAUCAAAGAUGCGAUUGAUAAGACAUCAUUUGUUCAAAAAGAAAACUUGGACAAGCUCAAUUCGAAUGCCAGUAGUACGGAUGUUGGGAAGGAAGGAGGUUUGGGAAAGUUCAUCGACAGAAACGAAGGAAAUUACGAUGUUGAUGAAGAGGUUGGUGCUGGUAAGAAAUAUGAGGAUAGUUAACGUGAGUACCAAAUGCUUAGUUGUGCUCGCGAUAUUAAAAAGUACGUUUACCUAA